AUGGGCAAUGGUUCGAACGGCCAGGAAGAUGGGUUGAUAAUCGUUAUGGCUGUUCGUUCUGUGCUUGGAAAGCUGGGUAGGAGUAGAUUUAUUCCCAACAAUGGAAGACUUAUCAUGGUUGGGAGUUCUCCUACUGUUUGUUCCUCUCCUCAUCACCCUUUUGAUUAUUAUGGGGUCGUCCAUGAUCAAAACAAAGCGGAUAAAAAAAGCAACCCUUUUCUUCUUGGAUCGCUUAUGAAAGAGCCAGUUUAUUGUCAUUUGGAUUUUGGAGGACAAGGACCUGUUCGUUUCGCCAUUGAAGAGUUGAGGAAGAAAAGGAAUAUCCAACUGCAGUCUGUGAGAGUGCUGAGGGUGUUAGCAUGGAAAGAUGUUGGCUUGCCACGAUAUGAUUCUGACUAUGAUCUACUGCUGGAGGCAGUUGAUGCCGAUGUGAUGAGAUAUUUCGAAGUAACAGUGUCAGUUAAUUCCAGGGAUGGCUUGUGGUUGGAAGACUUUUGUCUUCUCGUUGAUAAUAAAAAACCUAUAAGAUUAUAUCAUCACCUAGACAACUUUUUUGAUGCAAAUGCUAAGGCUCGAGAGCAGUUAUCAUUUGGUAUGCGAAAAGGAAACCUCUCUCUGCUGCCUCCUUCAGCCCUCCCUCAUCUCUCAUACACAAACCCGGGACACAAAGAGGAAACCACCACUCCAAAACGCAGGUAUUCAUAUCAGUUAUGUUUGUUGUCGUCUUAUUUUUGGGUUUCCACAGUUCAGAGGGUCGAACGAAUGCAUGUGAAGCGGCGAAACACUUCGGUCCAGCUCCCGGUGUACCUCAAAAGUACACCAAACCUUAUGUCCGGUCAAAGAGAAGGAAGUUUGAGAAGGCUAGAGGAAAGAGGAACAAUGAGGGCUUUAGAGGUGUCUGGUAUCAUGUUUAUUUAUCUGUCUAGUAAAUGUGUUGAUGAAGGCAUUGCUGUUUCAACAAGAGAGAAGCUCACUACCAUCAAUCUCGAAAACUAUCCAUGUGUAUGGUUUUCUGCAACCUGA